UACUCAACAAACCUGCUUCUCUACCAGAGAUUCGGGUAAGAAGACCCAGUGGAAAUAGGUCAUGGAUGAUUUAGAUGCUUUGUUGGCAGAACUGGAACAAACCACACAGAGUCUGACUGUGAAUGACUCAGACCCAACUGUUUGCUUUCUUCUGGAGCGCGACAACAAACCAAAACCAGCAGCAACAACAACAGAAAGCCAUUUAACCCAAUACCACAAAUUAACACCUGAAGAAGCAAAAAAGGUAGAACCAGCAUGCAAUGUUCAAACCCAUAAAGAAGAUGCAGAUAAUAUUUACAGCAAAGUUUUACCUCCACAGCCAACUGUGUCCUCCUCAUCUUCUACCUCAGUUGCUCAGGAACUGGAUGAUAUUUUGGCUUGCUUAGGAACAAUCCAGUCCAAGGUCUCAGAUGGCCUGGCCACUUCUGGUCAGUCAACUUCAGCAGAAGGGAACACCACUGACAACCUAGACAGCAUGUUGAAGAGUUUGACUCAUGAUAUGCAGGACCUUGGCGUUGCUACUGUGCCUAAGGGUAACUGUGCCUCUUGCCAUAAACCUAUUGCUGGAAAGGUAAUUACAGCUCUGGGAAAGAUAUGGCAUCCUGAACACUUCACAUGCGCCCAUUGUGGAAAAGAAGUGGGCUCCCGGCCAUUCUUUGAGCGGGACAAUAAAGCUUACUGCCAAGAAGACUACCAUCAGCUCUUCUCUCCUCGCUGUGCUUACUGUACGGCACCCAUCCAGGAGAAAAUCAUAACAGCUAUGGAUCAGACUUGGCACCCUGAGCAUUUCUUUUGUACACAUUGUGGGACUGUUUUUGGUGAUGAUGGUUUCCAGGUGAAAGAUGGAAAGCCAUACUGCCAGAAAGAUUUCCAGAGCAUUUUUUCUCCCAAAUGCAGAGGCUGUGAUCGUCCUGUGAUGACUCAAUAUUUGUCAGCUCUGAAUGCCGUAUGGCAUCCCGAAUGUUUUGUGUGCAGAGAUUGUUUCUGCAGUUUUACUGAUGGUUCUUUCUUUGAACUGAAUGGUCAGCCAUACUGUGAGCUUCACUUCCAUCAUCACCAGGGAACAGUGUGCCAUGGUUGUGGAAAACCUAUCGUUGGACGGUGCGUCAGUGCCAUGGGACACAAGUUUCACCCAGAGCACUUUGUUUGUGCCUUUUGCCUUACUCAGUUGCACAAUGGUAUUUUUCAGGAGCAGAAUGGCAAAACCUACUGUCACUCUUGCUUUAAAAAACUCUUCGUUUAACUUAGAAAUAUGGGAAACAUUACUCUUCCCAAGAACGUUAUUGCAAAACAAAAAAUAAGAUGGCAAUCCCAGGACACUUCCUUGGUGUAUAGAGCUUCCUGAGAUUUUCUUUUGAGUAAAAAAACCACAUAAUUAGGCAACAUUAAAUAUAAAUAUGGUAAUUUGCCCAAUAUUGUAACCCACUGUUAUACUUUAAUGUUUUCAGAUUAACCAACUGUUAGGUAUGUAGCUUUUGUGUUGAAUUUAAAUAACUUUACUAGAAUUCAUUAUCUGGAGAUCUGGGCUUUUUUUAGAAAUACCGGUAUUAAGAGCAUAUAUAAAUGUUUUCUGAGUUUUUUUUCAGUUGAUAAGAACAAGUUGGUUUUUUAACUAACACAUACUGUAUUCAUCUGCAGAAAUAUCUUUCAUUAUUUCUAUAAUUUUUGUAACUAAUAGCAGAGAUCUGAUGUCUUGAAGUAGAUAUAUUGCAAAUUAGAGAAAAUUUUUCAAAAGCCACUUGGGCUUACUUCCUGAUCAGGGUGGAUAAAACUGUUCUGAGUAGGAUAAUCUCAUUUAAAAUUUUAUUUAGAUGACAAGGGGGAGCUAUGCCAAUGCAUCUUGAAGUCAGUGGCUUUUUAACGCUAGACUUGUGCAAAAUUGCACAUUCAAUGCAAAUAUAGUCUGUGGAGUAAACGAUAUGGAAUCUUUGUAUUUCUCCCUGUGCUACACCGCUUACAUCUUGCCCAUCCAAUGCUGCUCACUCUGAAUGGCUCUGGCAGCAGUGUUCCAUUAAGGUAUCUUUUAUAUAAAUGUUCUGAAGUCUCUUGCCAGAUUAUUUGAAUAUUUAUCUUCCCCUUAAUCUUCUUAAGUUUUCAUACACACUAUGAUAAAGAAUGUCUUUGUUUUCAUUAUCUUGCUUAUAAACAAUUAAAUAAUACUUAAAGAAGAAUAAAUUUUAUUGUUGGUCAUGAAA